AUGAACGAAAAAGUGCCCCAAGUCUUUGCUAGCGUGGAGCAGACGCUAGCAGCAGUGGAGGAGCAUCUAGUCGUGCUUUCCACGACUUCUCUGGAAGACUUUAUGGCCCCUCUCAGCUAUCUGGAGCGUGCGAAGGUGCAGGUUUCAUUGGCCUACACAAUCAAUGCGCUACUAUUUGUGUUUUUAAAGACACAAGGAGUGUCUUCUAGCGACAUCCGGCAAAUGCAUGUCAAGCAAGAACUGGAACGCGUGCAAUCUUUUAUCAAGAAGAUCAAAGAGGCGGAAGAACUGACAAAAGGCCCGAAAUUAUUGCUGGACAAGGAUGCUUCCAAACGUUUCAUUCAUAACGCGCUAAGCGCUGACCAAGUGUACGUGGACGCACUAAAGGCGGAGAAGAAAAGUGAGGUUGUUGAUGAGGCACAAGUGCAGACAACAAGCAAAGGAAAACGAGGGGCUUCUGUUUCGAAGGGCAAGAAGAAUAAGCGCCAGCGCGAACAAUAG